CUUCCAAAACUUCCUCGCUGUAAUAAUAUAACCAUACGCCAUCCUGCCGGCCGAGGCAUUAACGCGAGCACUUGGCGGGCAGCAAGACAUAUCUCAACUGCAGCUUGAACUCGCGAAGCAGGAAGAAUGAAGUACGUUUUGGUGACUGGCGGCGUGGUUAGCGGCCUCGGCAAGGGCGUCACUGCAAGCAGCAUCGGCGUUGUUCUCAAAGCAUGUGGCCUUCGCGUUACCUCCAUCAAAAUCGAUCCCUAUUUAAACACUGAUGCCGGUACGAUGUCUCCUUUUGAGCAUGGGGAGGUUUUCGUGCUCGACGAUGGAGGAGAGGUUGAUCUAGAUUUGGGAAAUUAUGAACGCUUCUUAGACGUAACACUUACAAGGGACAACAAUAUUACCACAGGAAAGAUAUAUCAGUCUGUGCUCGAGAAGGAGCGUAGAGGUGAUUAUCUGGGAAAAACUGUUCAGGUUGUUCCACAUAUCACCGAUGCCAUUAAGAAUUGGAUUGAAUCAGUAUCUCAAAUUCCUGUUGAUGGGAAAGAGGGGCCUGCUGAUAUUUGUGUGAUAGAAUUAGGAGGAACGGUUGGUGAUAUUGAAUCAAUGCCCUUCAUUGAGGCUUUAAGACAAUUAUUUUUCACUGUUGGACAGGACAACUUCUGCCUCAUUCAUGUCAGUCUCAUUCCUGUAUUAAGUGCCGUGGGUGAGCAGAAAACCAAGCCUACACAACAUAGUGUGCGGGAGCUGAGAGCAUUAGGUUUGAUGCCCCACUUUUUAGCAUGCCGCUCUGUAGAGCCUUUGCUGGAAAAUACUAAGCAAAAACUUUCACAGUUUUGCCACGUCCCGGCUAGCAAUAUUCUCAACAUUCACGAUGUUCCAAACAUUUGGUGUAUCCCUCUAUUGCUCCAGAGCCAAAUUGCACAUAAUGCCAUUCUGAAGCACCUGAACUUAGUGAAAGUUGCUACAGCACCUGACUUGCUGGAGUGGACCAAGAGGGCCGAGACUUUCGACAAACUCACUAGCUCUGUAAGAAUUGCAAUGGUUGGGAAGUAUGUUGGACUAGCAGAUUCCUACUUGUCUGUGGUGAAGGCACUCUUUCAUGCCUGCAUUUCGUGUUCGGUGAAACCAUCAAUUGACUGGAUUGCAGCUUCAGACCUUGAGGAUGAAAGUGCCCGAUUGACACCAGUGGCACAUGCUGCUGCAUGGAAGACUUUGGGGGAGGCAGCAUGCAUCUUGGUUCCAGGUGGAUUCGGCGAUCGCGGUAUCAGUGGGAUGAUAUUGGCUGCAAAAUAUGCAAGAGAGCAUGAUAUUCCAUAUCUUGGGAUAUGCUUAGGAAUGCAGAUUAGCGUAAUUGAGUUUGCUAGAUCUGUUUUGGGUUUGGAGAAGGCAAAUAGUACAGAAUUUGAUGAGGAGACACCCAAUCCUGUUGUAAUUUUCAUGCCAGAGGGAUCAAAAACUCAUAUGGGAAGCACAAUGAGGCUGGGUACGAGGAGGACAUUGUUACGCUCUCCUGAUUGCAUCACCUCAAAGCUGUACAAAAAUUCACAAUAUGUGGAUGAGCGGCAUCGGCAUAGAUACGAGGUCAAUCCUGAGAUGGUUGGUGCUCUAGAAGAAGCUGGCUUGAAAUUUGUUGGAAGGGAUGAAAGUGGAAAAAGAAUGGAGGUUUUAGAACUUCCAAAUCACCCAUUUUAUGUAGGGGCGCAAUUUCAUCCAGAAUUCAAGUCACGACCUGGGAGACCCUCAGCUCUAUUUCAUGGCUUUAUCUUGGCAGCAACAGGGAAAUUGGAGGCAUACCUAAAGAGGGGUCUUCAAAAUAGAGCCCAAUAGAAACUUCAUUAUUUGAUAUAACCAUAUAAGGAAGGGAAGUUCAGCUGACUGUGCACCCUCUCAGAUAAUGUGCUUCUUAUGUUUGUUUCUGCCAAAUUUCAGAUAGUGUGAUAAACAUAAAAUUAGUGUUGGAGAUUUAUUUAUUUAUAGUGUUUGCUUUUCAUUUCUUGGUCUCCUUUCAAUUCUUGUUGGAGACUUAUUAGUGUUGCUGCUCUCUUGUUAGGGACUAGUUUGGAUGAUUGGAAAUGGUAGGUAGUGGUUUCACAUGAUAAUUAAUUGCAAGCUGUUUU